GUUAAUUUGCCUGUUUCUUAGAAUUCUAACAAAUAUAAUAUAUUCACAUUUUAUAUUCUAUCAAUUUAAGUUAAUUCAUUGCUGUAAAGUAAUGUUUAAAGCUGGCCCAUUGGUUGUUUACAGUCAUGUUAGUGUGUGCUAGCAAAGUCAAGUGUAAAUAAUGCCACACAGCAUUGACACCUAAGGUCAGAGCUGGGUGACACUGCUGUGUUUAUGAUGCAGGAGGAUGUUGCUUGUCUCCUUGUGCAUAUCCCCGUGUGGCAACGUUACCAAAGCGAUGUAACCUGAUCCUCUCCCAGAGGGUCAGUGCAGGUCCGACCCUUGGCCUACUUCCCAGCAUUCACCUGCAGAGGCAGUGUCAGUCAGUGCAGCCAUCCAGAACUCACAGCAGCAAGAGGAAGGGGGAGGAGGCAGGAGCAGAGGUGCAUGUGGGGAAGGACUGAGAGGAAAAAAGGGACGGCAAAUAAAGGAGGAGGAGGCAAAGGAGGAGGUACAGAGAGCAAGCUGAGUAGAAAUAGUUUACAGUAGAGGGGGGAGGAGAAUUGUCAGUGUUUGUGUUCGAGCAGCUCAGUGAAGUCAGUCUGAGCCGAGUUUGUGAGUGUAUGACAGUGUAGUGUUUCUACACAGAGGGAACUCAUGGAAAUUUAAAGAGGAGAACGCGGCAACAGAGGACAGGAGUCUGAAGAGAAACAGAGGAGGAGCAGGGGGAGGAAGUUAGCUGAGUCAGUACAGAAGAGAGGAGGAGUGGAGAGGGAGCGUCAGCAGCAUGUGUUGCAGCAUGUUUGUGUCAUCUUCAAAAACACACAGAGGCUGCCGUACAGUAACUGAGGCAGCAGUGUAGCAGAGGAGCAGCUGUGUACUGAGCAGGGACACACUGCUGGGCCAAAGGUCGCACUGACAGAUCGACCCAGAGAGACGAAGGACCGCUGCUGACUGAACCCUCCACAGACAGCCAGGAGAAUCUGCUGCAUCAACCGGUGCUCCUCGAUGUCCCUGUCCUGACAGGAGUAGAGGAGGACGGAGCUGAUACAGCUGGAGACCAGGAGGACAAGGAGGAGCUUGAGUUUCCACAUGACCUGCUGCCCAGUCUAGACUUUAGCAGUGAGCUCAACAUCUGGGGCUCAUCACUUGGGCCUCAUGACAGUGACCCAAUUCUCACAGAUGCCCAGUCCUCACCUCAGUCCACAGCCACACCUUACUGUGGCGUCCGACCACCAAGCCCUCCCUCGUCUGUGCUUAUAGACAGGGAGCUGCAAGAGGCCUUCCAGGAAUGUGAAGAACAAAUGGCCUCCUUGGGAUUGCUGCUCCCCACAGAGCACACCAGCACCACACAUGAGUCGGUCCACAAUGUGGCAAAUAAAACCAGAGAAGAAAUAGUUAAAACAAGUGAGUCAUCGUCACUGUCUCCAGUUGUAGUCCAGCCGGAGUGUAGCAGUGGAGGCCAUGGAAACAAGGAUACACAUGGAAAGAGCGAGACAGCAAACAGUCGGGACAAUUUACUUGUGUUUAGUUUCAGGAAUUACAUACUGGGAACUGAGAGAAGCUGGGAAGAAGCUGAGAUGGAGAGUGAAGUAGCAGCAACAACAAGCCCCGACAAAUGUACAGAUGUUAAAGUAGAUGUUGACGAGCAGGAGGACACAAACACAAAUAGACAGUUAGUAUCAGGAACAAAACUGGACAUUCUUAAAGAGGAGCAUGUGGAUUUGAACCCACCUAUGGAGGAAAUGGACAAAACUGAUAGAGUAAUUGAAAAAGGCAGAGACACGGAAACAGAAAAGGACCUCAGUUUGUUUAUUUCUACUGGUUGUACAGUCAUACCAAACAGUGGAGCUGAUACAGAGGAAGAGAUGGUGGAAGGCAGCAACCUGCAUUUAGAUAAUAAUGAUGCAAAGACUGAUCUGUGGUCAGUGGCAGUGACAGGAACAGGGGAAGACGCUGAAGAGAAUCAGUCAAAGUCAAAAUCAGACAAACAAGUUCUUUCACCGAGUGAAAAACAGGCCAGGCCAGAGAAAGAGGUGAAAAAGAAAGAGAAGAAGAAACAAAGGAAAAAGAAAAAGGCAGAGGAGAAGACUGUGGAGAGUGAACAUGCAGAAAAGUUAACAUCACAGUCUGAAAAUGAUUUACAAGCGGAGCUAUUCAUUAAUGCAGGAGCUGACACAGAAUCAAAGGCAAAUAAGCAUUUGGUGUCAGAGGCUGUGAUUUGUGAGGGACAGCCUGAUAAUGGUUUCGAUUUCAAGCAACAGCUGAGUCCCAAAGGAAGGCCCAGCUCCAGCCCCCCGCUGUCCUCACACAGCGGGUGGGAUCAACUUACUGACUGUUCACCUGCACCCCACCCGGCUCCCUCACAAAGGCCCCAUCAGUCAGAUAACCACAUCCCUGUAGACACGAAUCACAGCUCAGAGAAGAUGCCACAGCGGAAGCCAUGUGAAACUGGAGACGUCAGCGACAGCCAAAAUACACCCACGACACAUGUCCAAACUGCAGUUAUCAAUCCACUCGCAUCUGCCGAUAGAGGAUCAGAUCCACAAACACAGGAAUCUACAGUUACCACAGAUGCGUCCGUACUCACUCAAGAGAAACUGAGCCCACUCACCGAUAGUCAAAGUUGUGUGGGAGAGAGUUGUGCAGAGAGUGCCUUUGAAGAGGCUUUAGUGGUGGUUGCUCCGUUGCCACUGACAACAACCACAGUGCCAGAAGUGAUAGAAAGCAGUGAAGCAGAGGGAGAAAGCACCGGGUGUAACUCACAGGAGCCGGGAACUAAUGUAGCUGUUACAGAGUGUGCAGGAUCAGAAGAUGAGGAGGAUUUGGAGCUAAUAGAAAAAUGCCUGGACUCUGCAGAAAGAGAGAGAGCAGGAGUCCUGGACACCCCUCCUCAGCUCCCAUUAAUCUGUUCAGAGGAAAAAUGCUCAAUUGUACUCACAGCCAAAGAGGGACAGACAGUAUCUGAGGAAAGCUGCAGCGAAAUGCCACAGAGCUCAACUGAGGCAGAAAUUAAGGGAGAGAGCGAGGAUAAUCACGGUGCGGACCCAGGGAGCUCACCAGCAGAGGGAGGUGACAUAGAAAAGGAGCUACUCCUGCUAGAAGCAUACAUCAAUACUUCCCUUGUGCUAAUCACUGGACCUGAUUGUCAGGCUCAGAGCGCUGAGGACGUGGAGGGAGCAGAAAAAGGAGGAGGAAUAGAGGUGAUGGAAGAGAAAGCAGGGCUGGCUGAGGAGCACAAUUUAUUCUGUCUGCCAGCAGCCUGUGCGAGCGGAGCAUUAUCAGCUGAGACUGAGUUGUAUCCACCCACUGAUGUUGCAGAGUCACAGCUGAAGUCAACGACCUGGGCUGAGCCAAUUGCUACUGUCAGGGAGAGCAUCUGCACUGAACAGGACCGUCUUCCAAACCUCUGCCAGGAGCAGCGUGGCGCAGCAAUUUUGCCUCUCCCCCCUCACUUUCAGCUGAGCUCCGACAACAUAAAUGCAGGGGUAAGAGCUGAUCUCAAUCACAAUCUGUUUUCAGAAGAAGUGCUGCCGGUGGGUCAGGGGUGUGAAGAGUCAUCGAUCACACACAGAGAGGUAAAUAACAACUCUGUCUUCCAGUCUAUAAUUAAACCUGAACCUCUGACUUCUUUGCAACAAAACCAAGUCGAACAGAAAACAAUCGACAAUCAACAGGUCAGACCUGAAAGUAACACAGCAGAGACCAGGCAAACUGAAACUGCAGGUGAAGCCGAAGCCCACAGCGAUAGUGCAGUCUCUGCAGUGGUUGUAAAUGUGUGUGGCAGCAGUGUGAGCAACAACAGAGUUCAUUUUAAAGAUACUGUGGAAGAAGAGGACAGUUCCACACCAGACCUUGGGAGUAUGUCAGUGACAGGGAUGGACUGCGCCUCUUUACCUCCACUCACCGUGCAUGAGAGUUUGUAUCACCCGGUUGUAGAGGCCAGCUACAACUUUCCAAAUUUCCUCAUCCUGAAAAAACCUGAACUAUCUAUUAAUUCUACUCCAAUCUUGGAUAAUGAAGCACGGAGCACAGAAUACUCUCUGGAGGCUCAGAAAGAUUCCCAGGUGGACAAAAGAGAAGUGGAGACCCCAAAGACCACAGAGAACAUUACCAAAGACCAGUCAGGUAACAAUGUUCUGGUGGAAAGUGCUGAGGAUUUUCCAAAAAUUGCUGAUGUCUGUGGAAAACAACUUCCCUGUCCAACACAGAAGACUAAUAUUAUAGAAUGUAGUGAAGAAUCUUUACAAACUGGCGGAGGGGACUUCUCUGAUGUUGAUCAAGUAUUAACUGAGCAUGUUCCUACAAACCUGGUAAAUACAUCUGAUACCCAGGCCACUGACACGGACAAGCCUGAUGAACAAUCCUUAUUGAGUGAUGCUACUGAGAUUCCUGAAGAAAAAGAAGCCAAACGUCUUCCAGACAGCUCAAAUUCUGUACUCGUAGCUAAUAAUAAAACCUGCACCCCUCUAAGUGCUGUCUACUCUGAGUUUCCCACUAGGAUUAAUGAAACUGAUAUUUCAGAACCUGAAACUCUCUCUUCGACCUUGACAACCUCUCUUCAGAGUCAGCCUGCUGACCCCAGUUAUGGUCUUCCCACCGAUGUGGAACAAACACUUCCUGGUGGAUCACUUCCUUCAGAUCCACCAAAGGCAGAUGAAGAGGCUGUCUCCUCGGUCCACUCUGCUGAUCAGACAAAGGAUGAAGCAGUGACUCCAGAAGUGACAGCGUCUGAUCUCUCACUUCCUGUUAUUGAGCCAUGUGCCAGUAAACCUACAUGUGUCUUCCAGCCUCCAGGCCCAAUGUUGAGUCACUUGGAACUCAUUACGGACUGUGAUAUCUGUCUUCCUGAGGUUACAGUGAAGCUGAGUGCUGGUAGUGACGGUAUAGAAGUCUCAGGAGAGUCUGUGGACAACGAGAGCAUGGGAAUGACUAAACCAAAGUCUGAGGCUGAUGUCAGUUUAGUAGUGGAUGAGACUUGUGCAGAGCAAGAGUGUAGAAUUUAUAAUUUGAAAGCUAAUGUUGAGCUUGAACAGUCUCCUCCUGUUCAACCUCAGGGUUUAGUAGAUACAAAAACUGAACCAGAGUCUGUUGUAGUUGCACCACCAAUCUGUGACUCAUCAGUUAGGGAUGAUGCCAUAAAACGGGGCCUAUUAAUCAGUUCUGACCUGCCAAUCAAAAAGGGUUGUGAUGAAAUUAAAGAAGAAACAAAAAAGAAACAUAGCAAAGAAGAAGAGACUUUAGAGAUGCUCGAGAAGGAGAGAAACGAUAAAGAAAAAACAAUGGAAAAUCUUAAGGCAAAUGUUCUUAGCAGCACUCUGCAGACAGAACCGCUGCUACAACCUAUUAAUGAGGUAGAUAAAGAAGAAGCAGGGGGAACUGGAGACAUGCAGCCACCAGAUAAUUAUAAAGUAGAACACUGUGAGCCACUAAAUGAUAUUAUGGACAAUGGAGAAGGGAAAAGUGGAAUUGCAUCUGGGAGUGGGACAGACGUUUGUUCCAGAUCUCCUGAGAGACCACCAGGGUCGCUGGAAGACAUGCCUGACGCCCAGUCGAAAAGUGAACCACAGACUGGUUCUGAUGUGACAUUGCACCAAACUCCAACAGUAACAGUGGAAUGCAACUCUGCCAAGAACACAGCACCAGAUCUGGAGGCCAUUCCUGGCCACUCACCAGAUCCAAACAGUUUUGCUCAGCAAAAAGAGGAACAGUCACAGUGUCAGGAACCAAGACAUCCCACAGUGGACUUGAGUGAAGAGAGUAACAUUCAAAACACUCAGGACUCUCAGAUCCAAGAGCUUGUGCCAAGAAUGAAAGAGGUAACUGAAAAGGUCUCAGGUGGGGGUUUGUGCCAGACAGAAGUCAUAGUGAGUUUGACUCCUGAUGACAGCAAAGAUAAAAAAGUAGGGGUCAGUCAUGAGGAAAGAGAUAAAGAGGAAGAAGAACCUGAAAAAGAGGCUGACGGCGUCACUGUGACAUCUCAAACUAACAAUGAUGUUGAUGACAUAAUGACAACAACAACAACUCUAACUGUGGAUGCUGGUUCAGUGCCAGAAUGUGAGUCUGCAGCUGACGUGGUUGUUAAAAGUCAGCAAGAAAGCAAUCUGUCAACUACAUGUCAAGACCAACAUAUAGGAAAACCUGAGAAUGCAAACACUGCUGCAUCUGUUGAGUCUUCAUCACAGCAACAUGAUACUUCACCUUUGCAGAUCUCACAUUCAUCAAAGGUCAGCACAAAGGCUACUCCGUGUGAAAACCAUGCUGAAGAAACGAACACAAAAAUAUUAAGUGCUCCACCGAAGCCUGUUCAACCGACAGGAACACUGGAAAAGGAUUUAAUCACUUCUGUGACUGGUAUAAGCAACAGUGGAGGAAAUGAACAGUGUGAUAUUAAGGUUUCAGAAUCUCAGCCUGCUGAGCUAAAAAGCAGCCAUGGUGAACAAACGCCUAUAAAAGGCACUGAUGUAGAGGAGUUCACAAGGGAAGAUGAAACAAAUUUCGACAAAGAGAAAGCUCGCAGCCAGCGGAACGAGCAAAGUGAGAUAGAAGCAAUAAACGAAGCAGCAGAAAAACACAGGGACGUAAAUCAGCGCCUGAGUGCUGAGGACAGAGACAGGGGUUCAGUGAAAGCUCCAGACCACUGGGGAACAGGGGAGUCACCCAGCAGCACACGGAGUGCUGUUUGUCAUUCUGGGGGGAACACUGCCUCCUUCAAUGCAGAGUCACUGUGUCUACAAGAUUCAUCCUCAGCUGCUCCACCAAUCCCUACGACAGGAGAGAAGUCACUCAAUCAGGCGUCACCGUCAAAGCCAGGAGAUGAUGCUGUGACAAACAUAACUAAUGCUGCUCCGGAAGUUGAAGGAGAAUCACUGAAUGAAGCCGCUACAUGUGUGUCUGUGUCAGAGAGUCCUCAUGCUGAAAAACCAGCUCAGCAGCCAGAAGCAAACUGGAUUCAAGCCUUAAAAGAGGCUGCGGCCAGCAGUCAGACUGACCAACAGGUUAUUACAGAGGAGACCAUAAGAGCCCUCCCGUCCCUGGAGUCUCCUCAACUUCAGUUUCUCACCCCAUCCGAGGACCAAGCUGCUCCCAAGAGACAGGAAGAGGUCCCAACACCAGAGGUCACAACAACAAUACCACCUAUAAAUGUGUUGAAAAAGCCAGUGGAUCUUCCUCAACCUCUGAGGAAGUGUGUGGACCUCCCAGAACCACGACAACAGACAGUACCACCGCAAGGCACCAAAGAGGAACCAACCAAAAAAAAGGAGCGUUCAGUAGAUAUUCAAGAACCAGAAGGAGAAGCAGUGAAAGUAGGAAUAUCUAAAAUCCUAGAAGACGAAAAAGGCACAAAGAAGUUCCAAGAGCAAUCCAUAAACGAGCUGCCAGGAGACUUGGUGGAGAAACCCGUGGAGAUCCAACCCGAAGAACCAUUUAUACAACCCAGUGAGGAAAUUGUAGAGACAGAGGCGGAUCAAGAUCCUGCUGAGGAGCAACCGGACUCCAGUGCCCUCCUUGCUGAUCCGUCUCAGGGAGGUGAAGUUUCUCCUACAUUUCCUCCACCUCCUCCUCCUGAAAACCUCCUCCUGCCUGCCACCCCUCCUCACCUCCACAGUAGCACAGAGCCCCCCCCUCCUACUCCCACACCCCCAGAGAGGCUUGUGUCUGAAGGUCUGCUGACUCCUCCUGCAUCUCCCCUCUUUCCUCCUCCACCUCCACUUCCAGACCACACCUCUCCUCCUGCAACUCCUGCUCACCAGUGUGAGGACCCCUGUCCUGCUUCUGUGCCCCACCUCUCUGCCUUAAGGAGCUCGGAUUCUGAGGGAGCCUUUGAGACUCCAGAGUCUACAACUCCAGUCAAGGCUGCCCCUCCCACGGAUCUUCAGAUCCAGCAGCAGGCAUCUGAUGACAAAGACACAGUAGGAACAGGCACCUCCAUCACAGAUCCUGUCCAGGAAGUGACAUCAGCUGAUCUGCCAUUUACUCCAACUAGUACUUUUGAUGAGAACAAACCCAUUGCAGCCAGUGGUUCAUACAACUUUGACCUUCUUUCUUCAGAUUCAGCAAGUCACACACUCACUCGUUCCCUCAGCUUUCAGGGGGCAGAGGUCGACAGCUCUGGUCAGACGGAUCAGUCAGCAAUUGGUUUCCGACCACAUUCAGAAUCCUUCAGUGUAGGCACUGAGAGCGCCCCAGGGACACUCCAUAGGCCCAGGAAAGUCCGCCCUGGGUCUUUGAAAAAGAAACCUCUUCUCAGACAACAGUCCAACCCGGAGAGUCCCCAACCCGACUCAUCUAGCAGCACACCAGAGCUCAAGAAGAGAGGCAAAUCUAGAACUGCUAGCCCUCUCCUGGUUCAAGAGGAAGCAGAGGUUGGAUCUGCAACCUCAAGUCCUGGCGGUACACUUCUAAAGACCAGGAAGGGCCACAUUGAAACUCCACCUCCUCUUCUAGAGGAGACCAGUCAAACCAGCGAAGACAAAAGUCCCGUCAUUCCUGUCUUACCUCUAUGCCACGAAGAGACACCCCUCCCUGAUAGUGCCAGUGUCAAAGAAGAGUCUCCCAUCCCACCCGGUGCCUCCUAUAAAUGGGAUCCAGAUAACUUUGAGAACAUCAACCCCUUCAGUACUGGAGGUAGUAAAAUUGCCAAUUCCCCUGUACUGGGUCGUAAAGAUCCUUUGUGUGUCUCCGCUGUCGUCUCAGAGUGUCCCCCUGUCCCCAUUGAGAAGCCACCUCAACCCUGUCCCACCGCUAGUCCUCCUGCACAUGAGCCAGUCACUGGUCCUGAAGAGCAGCCAAUCCUCCCCAAGAAACAGCCAGUAAGGCUGGAGUUUGACUACUCAGAGGAGAGUGGUGAGCACCAGGCCUCUACCCCACCAAAGAAAGUGGGCAAGAAGUCUGGUGCCAAGAUGCCUCUGAGGAAACCAAAGUUGGGGCUGAAGAAAGCUCCUCCAGCACAGACGGAACAGCUGAACAAUGACUCUCCAGCGACCCACAACGGCAAUGAGGAUGAAAUCGUAGUCCCUAAAGCAUCUUACAACUUUGAGCCCGACAAGUGGGACGAUCCUAAUUUCAACCCAUUUUCCUCCAAAAAAGGAAUCAGCAACUCCCCAACAAUGUCCAGACAGUCUUAUAAUUUUGACCCAAACAACGGUGAUGAUUCUAUAGACCUGUUCAAAUCCUCAAAUAAGAUGUCCAACUCCCCUCCAAAGGCCUCUGCCACUUUUGAAAUUUCAUCAAAUGACAAUGACAAUGAAAAUGACAAUGAUAAGAUUGGAGAUCUGGAGGACCAAAACCAGAACAAACCUGCAAAGAAGAAGAAAACUCCAAUCAAAUCUAAUACUUUCAGAGUGAAGAGGUCUCCAAAGAAAUCACCCCUAUCUGAUCUGGCCCAGGAUCCUACACAGGCAGAUGAGCCUUCCGUCCUCCAGUCGCAGGACGACCAUGCCACAGAUGAGGAGAAGUUGGCCUCUUCCACUAACCACAAGUGGGCUGCCCGGCAUGACAUGGACAAUGAUUUGGACUCAGAUCGACCGUCAGCCUUUGUUAACGAGGACAGUCUUCCUCAUCAGAAUAUAGAGCCAGACUAUGAAAUAGAGUACAUGGAGAAGAUUGGCCCCUCUGGGAAUCCACCGGCUGUGAAGAAGCCAUCGUUGUACCUGAAGCUCGAUUCGGUCACUGACAGCUUGACCAAUAAUACGGGUGCGCGUGGAUCUGAGCCCAGCUCCCCCUGCACAGGGAGUUUUGAAGAGAUGGAGGCCCAGAUCACUGCAGGUAUGAAGACACCAGUGUUGAGUUCACGUCCUGGUCCUGAAGGUUCUUCUGGGGACCAGAGCAGAAAGAAAGAGGCGAAGUCACUGAGUAGAACAGAGAGCACAGAGAGGGAGGAAAAGUCCUCUGGCCAGGGCGCCAUGGAGGCUCCUGCUCCUGUUCUGGCCAUCCCCCUGUUAGACAGGCUGUCUGACUGUGAGGAUCCCCUGCAAUACCUGGAGCCUGACCUGGCAGAGACCAACCCCACUGCUUUCGCCCAAAAACUACAGGAGGAGCUGGUACUUGCAGCCUUGAGGAUAGAAGCUCUGCAGGUAGCCAAAAACAUCUCUCAGUGCCCCUCCCUCUUCACUGUAACCCCACAGCACCAAGACCCGCCACCUCAAAUAGAGACUUCCGUGUCCAAGAACACACUAUACACCAAGACCUCCACCAGCUACAUCGAGGGGGAGAGCCCCCACCUGCCUCAGGAUCUGGACCACUCUCUAGGAAUUGCCAGAGAAGAGAUAGUGACAAAGGAAAAAGAAGUCCUGGAAUGGCAGAAGAAGUAUGAGAACAGUCGCCAGGAGGUGAUGGAGAUGAGGAGGAUUGUUGCCGAGUAUGAGAAGACCAUUUCACAGAUGAUCGGCAUGCCAGAGGAUGACCAGAAAGAGAAGUCUCUGUCUCAUCACACCAUCCAGCAGCUGAUCAUAGAAAAAGACCAGGCUCUGGCCGACCUCAACUCAGUGGAAAGGUCAAUGGCCGACCUCUUCAGGCGUUAUGAGAAGAUGAAGGACAUGCUGGAUGGCUUUCGCAAGAAUGAGGAGCUGCUGAAGAAAAACGCUCAGGAGUAUCUGUCCAGAGUCCGUAAAGAGGAGCAGAGAUAUCAAGCGCUGAAGAUUCAUGCAGAGGAGAAACUAGACAAGGCUAAUGCAGAAAUAGCUCAGGUCCGAUUCAAGGCCAGGCAGGAGCAGGCAGCCUUCCAGGCCAGUCUGAGGAGGGAGCAGAUGAAAGUGGACUCACUGGAGCGCACUUUGGAACAGAAGAACAAAGAGAUUGAGGAGUUGACAAAGAUUUGUGAUGAGUUAAUUGCCAAGAUGGGGAAGAGUUAGCGGCUGUGUGGCACCCAGGCCAAAUCUUAGGUACACGUGGAAAACAAACCACAUGGAGCUCUCACUCUUCCAAGGACUGAUAUUAAUCCAAGGCCAAGUCGGACUUAGGGUUUUGUUUCAUACUGACUCUGUACACAUGAUCCACAGGAAUGGUUUCUCCUGUGUAUUUCUGAUGCGUCUGUGUGUUGUACUGUAAAAGAGGUCUGGUUUAAAACAUUUUUAAAAAUGUAUCAUUUUAAUUAUGAGUGUGUCUGCCUGUGCAGGUGUGUGAACGAUGCUGAGAAAGUGAGAGCGAUGUUUGUUGGGUAAAUUAUCUUUCAUGAUUUUUGCCAUGACAGCCAUUGAGGGAGAAGACUGUUGACCCACCUCUGUUCAAGUCUCCUCUUUGUACAAGAGAGCGACUUUCAACGUGUCCCAGAGUUCCUGAAAUGUCGAUACUCCUCUAAGAGAUUGAAAACUAUCACAGUAGCUUAUUGCAUGUUCAAAUGUUCAUGUUUGUAUAUAAUGUAGGAGAAUCAGAGUAUGUGCAUUUUUGAUAGAUGUUCCGUCAUCAGCGAUCCUCAUGUAACCUUGUAGAUAUUUGUCAUAUUUGUCAUAGCUUUCCUAAUGAAAUCGUUGGACUUUAUUUUUAUUUUUGGAUUUUAUUUUGAUAUGAGGCCAACUAAUCGUGACUGUAUCCAGUUGUGACCACAAGUUAUUUAAUUUUCGGGUGGAUAUGUCCUACUCCUGCUACGGUCAUUGUGUCACACUGAAGAGCAACUUCUCUGCACAGCUACUGUACAGCGUCUGCUUACAACGUGCAAUAAAAGAUGGCAAUACAGCA